AUGUCGCAUUCCGAACAUGCAAAUGUAACGCGGGGUGGGCCAGGUAGGCCAAAACAACUCCGCACAGGUCAACCAGGUAGACCUAAAAAGCAAUAUAAUUUAAAUUACAUCGAAGAUUUGGAAACACCACAAACUGCAGCAGAGGCAUUGAGCGGCCAACACGCGCAAGAGUGGCAAAAAUCAAUGCAAACCGAGUAUGACGCACUUAUUGCAAAUGGUACGUGGUCAUUGGUUGAGUUACCUGAAGGGCAUAAAGCCAUUGGUUCCAAAUGGGAGUUUCGCAUCAAGCGGAAUGUCAACGGCGAUAUCGAGCGAUUUAAAUCUAGACUAGUUGCCAAGGGUUGUGGGCAGCAACGAAAGGCAAUAUACGGGCUAAAACAAUACGGCCGCGUAUGGAACAACACACUCGACGAAGUUUUGAAAGACAUCGGCUUUAACAGGUGCAAGAACGAGCCCUGCUUAUACGUUAGUCAGCAUCAGCAGCAGUAUAGUUAUAUCGCGGUUUACGUUGGCGACUUAAUCAUCAUGAGUCCUAGUGAAACCUAUAUAGCAAGAAUCAAGAAGAAGAUCGCUUCGAAAUUCCAAAUGCAAGAUGGCGGUGCUAUACGAUACUUCCUUAGUUUGGAAGUGCAGCAUAAAAUCCAAUGA